AUGGUUUUAGCUGCAACUAUUGAUCGAGUGGCAUCAGACGCACUGGCUAAAGUUGAAGAAAAGUGUCCUGUCAUCGCCAAGCCACCUAAUGAGGUACGUUUUACUGACUCAGUAAUUUGGUGUCUUGUUGUUUGACCGCAAUUAAACUAGAGUUGCUGACACAAACUAAACAAAGUACUGCCACGGUAUUUAUUGGAAAAAAGCGCCGUCUCUAAAUAAGCUCCCCACCUUCCCGGCGAAACUGCAGACCGUAAUGAUUUUAAGUGUUUUGUGAAACUGUGUAUGCUUAUGUGCUCGAUUGGAAGGGGCGUUUUACUGCUGUUCCUAUGAGUAAAUAUGGCAGGUUGUCAUUUUCACCAAUUUUCUCUGCGUAAUGGUCAUGUUGUUGAUUCACUAAAAAAUAUUGAGGUUUAUGGAAAUACGUGGUAGGCGUUUGGAAGCGUAAACUGAGAACCUAUCGUCAGCAUUUGUCAGUGCAAUUUCUUCGGGCUGUAGAUCUUCUUAAGGUAGGCAAAACUUGUUGAGUCAACUGAAUUCGUAUUUAUUGACAUUUACUUUGAGCUAUUCCGCACUAUAAAUUCUUGCGCGUGUCUUUACUUUAUGGCAAAGUAAAUUUCAAUGGCCAUUUGGACCGAGGUAAAGCUUCUAUUUCACGUUAAGCGCUUUCUUAUGAUUUCUGUUUCUAUAAUAGUAGCCUGCGUAAGCUGAAGGGAUUAGCGGGCGAUGCUGUAGUUUUUUCGCUCCCCUUUCUAUAUAUGCAAACGAAGAAGUGCCAAGCUUCAUAUUAGACACCUUUACCAUCAGGUUUUUCAUGGGAAACCGCAAACAGAAAACUGCAGUUUGCAGUUACGCGUUUGCAGUUUCAAGUUGCCGGGAUUCAAAUUCUAGCAAGGCGUUCAUUGUUUUAGUACCUCCAUAUUGUUUUUCGUCAAAGUUUUUGCGCCCAAAAAACAUAAAGAAUUCAUUGACUCGAGAUCAAAGAUCUAACUAGCACAUCUCAGGUGGAUAUAGGAAGCUACAGUAGUUCAUGCCUUUAAACGUGAGGCUGUACAAUUUUUAGUGGCAAAAAACCUUGCUGUACGUCACUUACCGCUGGAAACCCUUCCUGCGGUUUAAACGUGAACUGCAAACGGCAAACGCGACCCCAAGACCGUGGUCACAUGACAUUCUUAGGUUUGCGGUUUGCGUUUUUCUAUGAAAAACCUGAUGCUAACGGUCUCUAUUAUCAUCUACGCGCAAAGAAAAUCUUUCAAAUUUUUACCACUAUAGAUCAAGGCCAAAGUAACCGAUACUGCCUCUGGGUACUACAACAAGUUGAAAAACCACAGUGCCGUGAAAAUGAUGAGCGUCAAGUCUAAGACUUUGUCAACGUUUACUGAGAUCCCUGCUGAGGCGGCUUUACCACCUUACAGUACCAAUGAGGAGGACACACAGGAAACAGAAUCAGAUGGUGAUCACCAUGGGAAAGGAGCUCUUUGUAGAGUCCAGAACUUAGGGGAGAAAGUGUCUCGAAGGGAAAUGAAAAAGCAGAUGGCGAUUAUGCCCACCAAGGUAAGCGUUGAUACGAUAUGACGUGAGGUUUCUCUAUUAAGUGUGUGCGCACACACUUUUAAGUGGAAGCUCUGUAGACACGAGGGUCAGAACUUCAAAAAUCUAUUUGCCUACAUUUUCUAAAGAACAAAGUUGUAUUAAGCGAGAGCCAGCCUCAUGCAGGUUUUAUGGAUAGAUGAACUUCUUGUCAAAACCACAUGAAUAGUUCUUGUCCUGCUGAAACUUGGACCCCUCACUUUUGAAUAGCCAUUUUGUCUUUAUGGCUUAGAGUUUUACUGUGUGUAUUUGUCUAUCGCGUCUGAUCUGCACACCAUUUUGUUUUCUUAGUUUUAAGUCAUAAAAAUUUAAGUACAACGUUGCUUUUUCAUUAGUCACAAGUGAGAUCACCUGGUGUGCAAGAGUCACAUGGUGUCUUGGUUGUUUAUAGUUGCACCAGUAGCACUCGCUUUCGACAUUGCGACAAAAAUUCCCCCCUUAUUCCGCAAUCCCGUCGGUAAUUAUCGACUUAUCCCGACCUUGAACAUACAGCUCUUAAAAAAGGCCUUGCAGGUCAUGUAGAUUCUCUUAUUAGUGGACCCCUGGCAGAUAGUCAGAUAGAAAAAGCUUAAUCGCCGCGUUAUGUUGAAGGAUAAAGUGGAGUCUAACUAAAACUUCUCUUCGCCCGUCUUUUAAGAAAAUGCAACUCACUUUCCUUACCGGAUCUUGGUUCUGUAAAACGACAUUUCCCGAAUGCAGUAACGUAAAAUCCUCAAGUCCCGUGUGUCUUCGUAAUUCUAUUUUUUAAAUCUCGCACCUUUACCCGAAUACUGACCUUAAAAGACCUAAUGAGGACUUUUUCUAAGUGAGUAAGUACAGUCGAACCCCGCUUUACGGACACCCGCUUGAUACGGACACCUUAUUAUUACGGACAGUUUACUUUGUCCCCGGGGAAAGUGCACACAUUUUCUGUAAAUUAAACCCACUUAAUACGGACACCCUACUUUCUACACUUAACCAGCCAGAUCUACCAUAUUUGCUGGAACGCCCAGCCUUAUCCAAGUUUGAGACUCUCUCAUUGGAGUCAGUGAAGACGCUUAUCACAAGUGACUAUCAAAGUCAUGUGAAAUUGUUCCGCUCCCUACCGCUAUCGCUAAAGAGUGUCUGAAUGAACUGUCUCCUGCUAUAUCAUCCAUGAUAAAUCUCUCCCUUGAACAGGGUCAUUUUCUGAUGUGUUGAAAGGGGCGCUAGUUCAAACGAAGCUAAAGAAAUCUGGUCUGAAAAUUGAAAGCAAGAACUAUCGGCCCGUAAGCAGUCUCCAGUUAUUGUCUAAGCUCCCGGAAAAGCAGUUGCUCAACAAACAACUUCUCACAUGAUGGCAUAUGGGCUUUUCCCUGAGUUACAAUCAGCCUACCGGCUAUUCCACAGUACCGAGAGAGCCUUACUACGUGUUUUUAACAUCCUACUUAACAUGAAUAAAAAACACGUGAUGUUACUGGUCUUACUGGAUUUAAGCGCUGCAUUUCAUACCAUUGAUCAUUCAAUACUGCUUCAGCGUCUCGAAAAUAAGUUGGGAUUAGUGGAUCAGCUUUAGAGUGGUUUCGCUCCUACUUAUCUUGUCUAUUCCAACAGAUUGUAAUUGAUGGUAUAAGAUCUGACAAGUUUUACAUGCAUUUUGGUCUACUACAGGGCUCUUGUCUUGGUCCAUUGUUGUUUGUAGAAGGCCUAAAUGUAAUAAACGACCCUAAAUGUAAUAAAGUCUUAAAUAUAAUAACAUUUUGUCCUAAAUGUAAUAAACUCUUAAGUUGCACAUUACAGUAAUUACUCAAAUAAGCACCGCAUUCGGACUGGGAUUUAAUAAGCGUCGCGACGCUUAUUCGCGUAAAUACGGUACUAAGAGGUAUUACUAUGGUUUUAAGCCCCGCCCUCAAAUAAGCGCCGCAUUUUUGGAGAAAAAAUUUAAUAAGCUUCGGUACAUUUCCUUAUGCGCUGUGUAACUUGACGUUUACAAAUAAAUUGCUUGUAAAGGGACAAAAAAAUAAUUAAAAAAAGACUUGUAAGCCCUAAAAAGUUUUUCAUACUUCAUUUUUGUUAAAGAAAUUUACUGCAAAAACCGUGGCCGAACAUCCUGUCACUUGUCUACGUUGGAUCUCUAGAAAAGAGAUCUAUAAAUCAGCUGAAAUAUUAAGAACAAAAAACGAGAAGUCUACAGCACAGCUGAUAACAACGUUUAUAAAUAACUAAGAUAGUACACGCGCGCUCUGAUUGGCCGAGAGAUGUGUUUGCAUGAGAGUAUGUAAACAUGUGUGGAGUCAAGAUGUUUUGCUCUUCGCGCGCUAAUCACACAAGCACGAAUUUUAAAAUGUUUUUGAGAUGAAAACUAGACAAAUUUACUUUAUUUACCCAUUCCCUCGUCGGAUGAAACUUGACGGAAAAUCUUUACAAACAUGCUGUGCCAAUUUUUUUUCGCUUAAGCUGACAUUUUAAGCGAGAAAAACCCUUUUUUGGAAAGCAUCUUUAUUGCAAAAUAAGAACUGAUUACACGUACAUUAAGCUUCGUGUACAAGACUUCACGACUGGUAAGAAUUUCUCUUUUAAUCAGUAACCUAAACAAAGAGUUUUUCUUUUUUCUUGGGAAAGUUAUUUUAUAAAAGCAAUAGAAAACUUUUUUCCUGUGUUUGCAUAGCCUGAUAUAAACACUCGAGGGGUUGGGAGAAUUCUUGACAGUUAUGCAAACCCGUGACGAAGUCGCGGGUUUGCAUAACUGUCUCUUGCUUAAAUAUUGCUUUUUUAGAAAAAUACUGUUACUUUGUCGUUUACAAGCAAUUCAAUUUAUUUGUAAACGUUAAGUUUCACAGUGCAUAAGGAAAUGUACCGAAUUUACACGAAUAAGCGCCGAAGCGCUAAUUAACUCCCUCCUAAAUGCGGCGCUUAUUUGAGGGCGGCACCUAUUCGAGUAGUUACUGUAAUUGGUAACUUAAGAGUUUGUUACAUUUAGGGCAAAUUGUUUUUACAUUGAGGACUUUAUUACAUUUAGGCCUUCUACAGUUAAAUUCCAUGUACACAAGCUCUCUGUUUAAAAUCGUCACCAAGCACCUACCUUCCGUAUACUGCUACGCUGGCGAUAGAGAACUUUACCUAGCGUUUAGACCAGACGACCUCGCUACUCAAGUUUUGGCUGUUGUUGCCAUGGAAGCCUGUAUACUGCAGGACGUACGGAAGUGGAUGAUUACUGACGGGCUGAAGAUCGAUGACGGGAAGACUGAGUUCACCCUCACUGGCACCAGAGCGCAGUUAGAGAAGGUGGAUAACUGAUAACUGGCAACUGAUAACCGUCGGAGACUCUCUCAUCUACCAGCAAGGGUGCAAUAAGAAAUCUAGCUUGUGAAUGUUUCCAGCGCUGCAGUACACCGGAUGCGAUGAUUUGUAGACGUCAAUUUCAGACUAUUUUCAGGCAUCAAAUUAGUUAUACAGAGAACGAUUUUGAUUAAGUACAGGAGCCCAUGACCCAUGACCAUGACCAUGGGCUCCUGAUUAAGUAGUAAAUAAAUGAACAAUUUUUGAGUGUUCCCGUAGAUUUAGUCAACGGAAUGACGACUUUGUGAAAGUUAGAGAUGUUUAAUUUGACGAUGCUUAUGUCCUAAUGUCCUAAUUUCCCUAAUGUCCUCCUUUAGUACUUUGUUCUUAUAAAAGGCGUUUUUUUAACUUUAGCAACAUGAUCCUCAUAUAAAAUACGAACACCCCGUUGAUACAGGCAAUUUUUAAGGCAUUCGGUUCCCGUAUUAACGGGGUCUGAGUGUAACUGACUUUAUCUGAAAUGACCAUUUCCUGCUGGCUAACAUGUCUUUGGUGUAUGCAGUACUGAUCCUUAGGUAAAAAAAGGCCAUCAUGGAGUAACUGAGCAAUCCAAGAGGUUAAUUCUAUUUUUGUUGUUUUCUAGUUGACAGGAUUUGGGGGGGAAGCAACCGACGUGGUUGGAGAAUCAUCUGGUGCUGACAAAAACGUCUUGAGUAGUACUAAUUACAUUCCCAACAUGACUACCAUACUUUCGGGAGGAGAAAUCGCCUCGGCUAAAGGAAUAAUUCCUGAUAUUAGUAAGGUAGGUUACCCUCUAUGUUGUUACAGACUUCAUCUAAUGGAACCACCUGUUGUGUCUAUUGUAAAACAUGUAAAGCGAAAUCCGUAAGUAAGGAAGAUGCAAUCUUAAGCACAGACCAAUUAGACACACACCUAAAAAUUGUAAUACAGUGGUAAAACACUUCAAGGAACCGGAGGGCUGAAAAUGUUAGCUUUUCUUUAAACCUAUCAACAAUAGAUGGGUGUGGUGAAGUUUCCUGUUGAAACUGAGGAAGCCGCAAGAGAUCCUGGAAGGCAACCGUGACAACCCUGUGGGCGGUAACCACCAGGCACCGUCACACUGAGAACCUUAGUGGAGAAAUUCGCAGAUGCUGGAGGGCAGGGAGUGCUGAGAGCAAAAAUGGCUAAAGCUACUGUACGCUUACCUCAGCGACAGCGCUGUAAAAUUACUUGAGCCCUACUAAAGCCCAAGACCACCCCACAUACGAUUUGUGACGGAGCCACCAGUUUAGCAUUGUCUCCCAGCAAGAUGGGUGUGUGGAAGGUGACUGGUGAAACUGAGGGAGCCGCAAGCGAACUUGCAAGGUAACCAUGACAGCCCUGUGAGCGGCAACUACUCAAACCAGUCUACAGGUGCUUCGAGAAAAAAAACCAGGGACCGGGAACAAGGGGAUUCACAGGACCUGGUUCCCCCAAAGGCAUCGAACACCAACCCCAAGCUUCCUCACAAUAAAACAAACGAAAAGCUACUCAACACUGAAGAAGACUAGAGGCCCUAAUACCUACCUAAAGCACGUUCGCCAGAGCCGAGGCGCAAGCUGUCGUUAGGUGCAAUUCAAACUGACACGACUAAAGGGGAGGCAGCCAGCAGGGCCGUGGAAGCCGCGAAAUACCUAACACUGCUGACAGGAUGCGUAAAAAAGGACACCUGUCAACCAGUGACCGCCGUACGAAAGACACUAGGGAAUUUAAGAUAGGUCACUACGGUCGUCUGGGACGGUUGGAUAGAUGUUACGUCACGCAAAACACGCGUGACCUUUUACCGUUGUCCUUCUGGGACGCUAUGUUUUCGCUGGGUUUCUCGUCGUAAAGACAAUGGUGAAACCGAUAAGAGUUCAUGCAUAUGUAUUGACACUUUUCUUCUAAAACUCAGUAGCCAAUGGGUUAAAUAUGCGUUGGCUUGUGUUUACAUUGAUUUACCUAUCGGUGAAAUAAAAAAAAGCGAAAAUAUCUGCGUUCAUUCAUAACUUAGCUGGUGGCCGCAUGGCGACUGCUUGUUUUCUUCCCAGUGUUGUCCAUGGCAGAGGAAAAUUGCCGAAAAGAAA